AUGGGCGGGAACCGCGCGAGGGCAAAAGGGGCCGCUCCUCAUCGUGAGAGCGACGAGAGCCGUAGCGAUGGCCGCCGUAGCACCUGCUCCGUCUCCUCUAACAACGGCAACGAUGGCGAGCGGCCCGGCGACAUGAGUGUCCUCAGCAGGAUGGCCUCGCGUCUCACCACCGUCGCGAGCUCGUUCGGCCCCCGGAACCGUGUUCUCAGUCCCACGCCGCGGCGUCCCUUUUGGGGCAGUGAGGUGGACGGCGAUGGACGCGGGAAGGCGGAAGAGCCCCCCCCGGACCCUAAGCUCGAACUAUGCAUGUAUUCGUUCGGGGCGCCCCGGGCAGGCAACGCAAUAUAUGCCGCCCGUUACAACGACGUGGUACCCGACAGCUUCCGAGUGGUGGUCGACGGUGACCCAGUCCCUGGAGUCCCCAGCUGGUGGUACACCCAUGUGGGCACCAAGGUGUUGAUAGACGGUCACGGGAGGGGAAGCUUGAUUAUUGACCCGAGCUUCGUGGAAAAGAGAUUUUUCACCCGGUCCAAGCGACACGUGCUGUCCCACCGCAUACCCAAUUACCAGACAGGACUCAGGGGCAACCUGUUGCAGGCGGUACCCCCCGAGUUUCAACGUAGACUGCCAGCUCACUGGCCGUAUGGGAUCAAGGACGACAGCAGUAGUGAUUCCUCUUCAGACGAUGAUGACGACGAUGACGAUCAUGAUGGCGAAAAAGGUGGAACCGGCACGAAGGAACGCAAGGAGGAGGUGGCGGACGUCGGGGAAGAAGCGGAUGCGGAUGUGGACACGGACAGCGAGGCGGAGGGGCCCCUGCCCUCUUCCCCCAUAUCGGCGAGGCUGGACAUCAUGGCUCAGCAAGCGGUAAACGCUCAGAAGAGAGCGGACAAACUUAACCGCGGGCAGUCAUUCCGGCUGGUCGCUAGGUCCGUCUCCGGCUUGUCGUUGCGACCGGCCGCUCGUACUACCCUGGUGGGUGCCAGUGCGGGUGGAGGCACUGGUGGCACCGGUGGGGACGGCGGGAGACGUGCUACUACGGUGACACCACGCCCAGGCGAUGGUGUCGGCGGAUAUAGCGGUCGUGCAGAAGGACCAAAGCGCUUGCUCCGUCCCGGGGGUAGUAGUCGGGAAUUGGCGACGAUGGAGGAAGGCAGCGAUUAG